AUGGCGCACCACCACUCACCAGACGACCACUUCUCUCAAGGUUGUUUCCCUCGACAGAGCAGACGCGGCACCCCAACAGGGACCAACUCCACCUCCAACUCCAACUCCAACUCCAACUCCAACUCCAGAUUCGCACUCUUCCGACACCAGUCUGGUGGGCGAACUCUGCUCCCGAAUCUAUUUGGUCGAUCCUCACAUUCCCCAGCACCUGACCCCUCGUCUUCUCAAUUUCUCCAGCAAGAUCCCACGCAGUCUUUCCACGAUCCCAGCUUGCUAGCGUACGGCCAACAAGGGUGGCAAGCUAAUCAAGGUAAGGAAGUCUUCUUCUUGACGUGCUGGCACACGCUCAACGGCGUCUUGCGUGCGCUCUUCCCCGCGUCUAGGACAAGGCCACCUGGCUGUGCCUUUUUCUGGGCCCGAUCCCCGAUUCAGGCGCACGCCUUAGGUUCAUAUCCGCUUCGCGCAUCGCCGAAUUCGAUCGGAACCCCGCACGACUCCCGUAUAUUACCUCCACCCAACGCACUCCAAUCACAGAUGCAGUCCCAUCUCUCUAUGUCCCCCAGCCAGCUCCGCACGACCCCCGGUGCCUACCAAUAUCCUCAGUAUCCGCAGCAGCAGCACCAGCAGCAGCUCUACUAUCCCUCUGGACCUGAUCCCCGCCACCUCCCCCCUCCGCUACCACCCAUGGAUGCGUACGAGCAGCACCAUCCGCAUGGACAGCGCCGCAACUCCCUGGUCGACCGUAUGCCAAACCGCAUCGGCCCCCACGGCCCAUCUCCCUACCAGCGCAGUAUGCCCGCCAUGACGCCCGAGCCCCCCGCCGAACCCAUCAAGAAGAAGCGCAAGCGUGCCGACCCCGAGCAGCUCAAGGUCCUGAACGAGACAUACAACCGGACUGCCUUCCCCUCCACCGAGGAGAGGAUGGAGCUCGCGCAAAAGCUCGGCAUGUCCGCGAGAAGCGUGCAAAUAUGGUUCCAGAAUAAGCGUCAAGCAGUGCGUCAGAGCACGCGGCAGGCCGCGAGCAGCGCGCCCCCGACGACCAGCGCGCCCCAGGCGUCGCCGUCGCACGGCUCGGCGAGCCCGGUCGCGACCAUCCCGCAGGCCGGGUACUCGUCGCACACGCCGUCCACGGUGACAUCCCCGAGCAUCAGCCAAGCCGGGUACGGUGCAUCGCGCCCGACGAGCGGCAUGGGAGGCUCCUCCGCUGCAGCAGGCCGCAGCAUGGCCUCCCAGCCGUCGUCCUCCCACCGGCGGAGCCACGACGGAGACGCUUACCGCCAGGACUACCGCUUUUCUCCCCGCCCCGGGCAGUACUGA